AUGUUUAGGGAUAUAUACUAUGGAUUUCAAGAAUUCGAACGUGCUACUUCAUUAAAACAGUUUAUAAUGAAUGAAAUGGGAUGGAAACUACGAUUUAUUCCGAUUGAUGAAUGGAAAUAUAACAUAUCAGAUGCGGAUAAAAAAAAUUAUUUGAGCAGAUUUAUAUGUAAAUACUACGUGGAUACCCAGUUCGAUAAGAAUCCGCCUUGGGUAUUGGGGUUUUGGGAAACUGAUUUUGUUAAGGACUCGAAGAGUAUGCCGUCAAUAGAAAUUAAAUUGGCGCCCCCUGAGAACCCACUGCCGCAAGUUGAGAAUGAAGUGAAACUGCUUGAAUCGAAUCGCGUAGAACUUGAAGAGGGCAUGAUGUCGAGACUCGAACAGGAGUACAACAAUGCGCUCAUGACUUCCAGAGAAAGGAUUAAAAAUCUCAUAAAUGACAGUUUGUCGGUCUUUGACAAUAAGGAAUUGAUUGUUGAACUGCUAUCGAAGUAUGCACACAAGUCUAAAAAUAAGAAUCAUGUGAAUACGAAGUUGGUUUUACAUUUCCUAAAGACGGCCUUUAGAUUUCAAUUGAACAAUGUAUCAUUUCUCCAGAUGGACGAGGCUUACGUCCCCAGUUCAGUUAGGGUUAUGGUAAUGUGUAUGAUUAAUAUCCACUUUCAGAUGAGCGAGGUUGAACCUCCCGACCCUGCCAUAAAGGAAAAAAUGGAACAAAUAGAACAGGCGAGAAAUGAUGAGGAGAUACACGCAUUCUAUCAAGAAGCUCAAGAAUUUGAGCAACUGACUCAAGUCACACUGAUUGGUAUGUUAGUCUCUCAAUUAAUUAUAAGUAGAAUUGCAAAAGAUGCUGCAACUUCAACUAAACCCAAAGUAAAACAGGCCUAUCACGAAAGUUUACACAAUAAUCAGCAGAAUUAUGUGAAUCCAGUUUCAUUCAUUCAAACUCAAGCCAUGGAUUUGUCGCAAAUCAGACAAUUAAAUGUAAAAAUAGGACAGUCCGAAGUACCGUAUCCUACUGUUGACGACUUUGUAAUGAACAUGGAGAAGAAGAGGGACGUUGCGGAGAAAUCUGUAAUUCCCUUUAAAAUUCAUACGUGUGUAGGCCAGAAACAGGAUAUUAAACAUGUAUUUAAACCUUAUGAAGUGGGAUCGUUGAGGAGGCCAACAAGGAGCAAUUUAACAAGAAAAAUAAUACACAUACUGAAAAAAAGACUCCAAUGUGAAUUAACAUGGAAAAUAAUGUUCAUUUGUUUGUUUUAUACUUGCUUGGUACUCACUCAUCACGUUUGUGGAUUCCUCAUCGCAGGCAAUACACAUUGCGACAAGCGUCUGUUUUCCUUGAGUAAAAGUAACAUGACUUCCAACUCUGUUAAUAACGAUAAAAAAAUCGUUAUUAUAAUUGGCCCAACUGCAAGCGGUAAGACGAAAUUCAGCGUCGAUUUGUGUAAAAAAUUAAGGGAGUGUAAUAUAAAUCCUGAGAUUAUAAAUGCAGAUUCUAUGCAGGUUUACAAGGGCUUUGCUAUUGGCACAGCCAAGCCCUCUGAUGACGAGGUCAAAUCGGUCCCUCAUCACUUGGUAGGUUUUAUAGAGCCUACCGAGGAUUACAACGCCUCAUUGUUCGUAAAGGAUUGCUCUAGAGUGAUUGACGAUCUCCUCUCCCAGGAUAAGCUGCCCGUGAUCGUCGGCGGCACCAACUUGUACAUUGAGGGGCUGUUGUGGCCCUCAGUCAUGGAUUUUGAACAAAAUGACGACAACGACUCGCUCGAAGACGAGUUUGCGGAGUACGAUUCUGACACUCUCCACGAUAUGUUGAUGGAGAUCGACCCUGAUAGAGCACAGGGCCUCCAUAAAAACGAUCGCAAGCGUAUUAUACGCAGUCUUGACGUGUAUCACUACCACGGCAUAACGCACACUGAGUUGAUGAGAAUUCGCAAGAGGGAAAGGGAAACAACUGGAAUCAGAUACGAUGUUAUGCUCUUUUUGCUUAAAUCAGACCCCGAAAUACAUAGACAACGAAUAAGGGAUCGGGUUAAGUCGAUGUUGCAGGGCGGGAUUCUGGACGAGUGCAAACAGUUGAUGUCGCUGAAAGCGUACAAGGAGCUGAUGCCGCUCCUCACGGAGUCUGGCGAAUUCAACUCUAAUCCAGAUGAGGCUCUCCUGGAAAAGUGCGCUGUUGUCCUCGAAAAUAAGACUUGGCAGUACUCUCAGAGGCAGAGGACCUGGAUAAAUAACAGGCUGAUGAAAUACGAUCUCAAGUCGAGCGUCGUGGACACCAACGGUAUGAACUAUUCUCUCAAAAACGUUCAGAUCUCAAACUUUGGGACGACAUCGUUGAGGAAAAGACCCGAGUUGUACUGA